UUCUGGUCUAAUCUAUAAACCCUCGAAAGUCCAAAUCCGCUCCGCCGAACUCCAUUGCGCACCUUUCGUCAUCCGCCUCCGUUAGCGAUUCUGCGAAUCGACGACAAUGAAGCUCUUGACUCACAACAUGCUGUCCUCCAACAUAAAAGGAGUUACCAACGGCUUCCCUCUCCUGAUCGUGGUGGAGAAGGCUACGGAGAAGACGGUGGAUUUCAACCCGGAUUUCAUCAAGAACCUGUUCCCCAAGAUCGAGUGGAAGGCGCUAGUCGGAGCUUCCAGAGCCCUGGGCUAUGCGGAGCUCCCGGAAGAUGCCGACGCCGCCGCCUCCAUGCUCGACUCCCCGGACUUCCUCCAGAAGCUACACCAUGCGCUCUUGGAGAUUCAUCUCGAAGAGGGAGCGUUGGUUUGCCCCCAGACUGGCCGCAAGUUUCCCGUCAAUAAGGGGAUUCCCAAUAUGCUUCUUCACGAAGACGAGGUCUGAUUUAUUUUAAUUUUGUAUUUUUUUGUUAGAGGUGUGAGUUAGGGUUUAAGGGUGCUUUACGUGUUGUGGCUUGGUUUAUGUAACAUGAAACAUUUUGGAAUCUUAUCAUGAAAAUGCAGUAUUCAACAGAAAUCCAUUUGCUUUCUAUACUUAAUUGAGAUUUA